CUACGCGUAAAUGACAGCGUCAUAGACUUAUACACAACCUGUGAACUCGACAAUGAUAUCGACUUUUGUGACUAUGGUAUUUCCGGCUUAGAGUGCAAUGAUGAGCGUUGACAGUGAAGAUGAGUUCGUAUAUGAACUGGGUGAAUGCCGCUGGUCGCAGUCGUACCAUCUAGCCCAUUAACAAGAACAAUACACAAAAUCACCAGGCUUCUUGCACACCACAUCAAAGUACAUUAACUCAGAUAAUUUCAUACUUCACCAACAUCACAAUGUCUUCCGAAGCCCCCACCGGAGAUGUUCAGGACAACGAGUACGUGUCCCGACAGGGUGACCGUGAACCCAUUGGCGUUCUCGGCGACGAUGCCAAGGUCGAGGACCCCAUUGAUGCUGAGACUGCCGACUCAGAUGCUCAGCUAGAGCGUGACGACAAGGAAGCUAUCGACAAGAGCAACAUCGUGGAAGGUCGCACCCGUGGUGCUAAGCCCACUGGCGAGUAUCGUGAGCCUGGCGAUACCGAGGGACUGGAGGACAAGCGUCUCGAGUAAGGGCCAGGCAGAUCUGUGUUAUGAAUAUUUGAGCGGCAAGGCGUUGGGUUAGAAGUUGUAUGAAUAGUGUUCCCGUUUUAAGAUCAAUUGAAUCAACAUGAUCCAAAUGCCG